AUACUCGUACAGUAUAAUCACUGUACUUCUUUUCUCCCCUCAAGGAAGACCUCAGCUUGACCCUCUCUCUCUCUCUCUCUCUCUGUUCCCUCCCAACUCCGCCUAUGGCCACUGCCGAACCUCUCCCACCGGAAAAUGCCUCCGCCGCCGCCCAAGCACACCACCACCCUGACACUGAAGCCAACGGCGGAGCUGCGGGGCCUACUCCGCCGGAGAAGAGAUGGCCGGGUUGGCCCGGGGACUGCGUGUUCCGACUGGUGGUGCCGGUGGGGAAGGUUGGAAGCAUCAUUGGCCGAAAGGGGGAACUCAUCAAGAAGAUGUGCGAAGAGACUCGAGCUCGCAUUCGUGUUCUCGACGCUGCUAUUGGUACUCCCGAUCGAAUCGUUCUUGUAUCAGGAAAGGAAGAGCCAGAGGCGGCUCUUUCCCCUGCGAUGGAAGCUGUAAUUAGGGUAUUCAAGCGUGUCUCUGGAUUAUCUGAAACCGAUGCUGAGAAUAAAGAAUCUGCUGCUGGGCUUACAUUUUGUUCCAUCCGUUUACUGGUGGCAUCAACACAGGCGAUAAAUUUAAUUGGAAAGCAAGGCUCAUUAAUCAAAUCUAUUCAGGAGAACACCGGCGCUGCUGUUAGAGUACUGUCUGGAGAUGAGGUGCAAUUUUAUGCUUCCACGGAUGAGAGGAUUGUGGAAAUGCAGGGAGAAGCCUUGAAGGUCCUUAAAGCACUGGAAGCAGUAGUUAGCCAUCUAAGGAAAUUUUUGGUUGAUCACAGCGUUCUUCCCCUGUUUGAGAAAAGUUACAAUGCACCAAUCUUGCAAGAUCGUCAAGCAGAGACCUGGUCUGACAAGUCAUUGUUGCAUACUAAUUCACAAACUAGCAUUUUUGCUGAUAUUCCUCUUCCAACAAAAAGGGAUUCUGUCUUAACUGACCGGGAAAGUCAAUUGGACUCGUUAUUCCCUUCAUCCACUGUGUCUCUCUAUGGGCAAGAUUCUUCACUUUCUAGUGUCUCUUCUUCAGCUCUUGGCCGUGUUGGUGCUCCUAUUGUUACUACGGUAAUACAAACAAUGCAAAUACCAUUAUCCUAUGCUGAGGACAUCAUUGGUAUUCAAGGUACUAAUAUUGAUUACAUUCGCCGCACCAGUGGAGCCAUAUUGACUGUGCAGGAGAGUAGGGUGCCUGAUGAAAUCAUUGUGGAAAUAAAAGGCACUUCAUCUCAGGUUCAAACGGCACAACAACUGAUUCAGGAAGUUAUAAGCAAUCACAAAGAACCUGUUACUAGCAGUUAUGGCAGGUUAGAUGCAGGUCUGCGGUCUUCAUACUCUCAGUUGGGCACUUCAUCACGCUUUUCAUCUUCCUUGUCCUCCCAACCGUACGCAGGUUAUGGAGCUUCUGGUUUAGGAGACUACAGUACUUUCAGGCUUUGAAUUGGUCUCAAUUCAAGGGUACUUAUUUGGACUUGUUCUUUCUAAUUGGGCCUGAUUGGGGAGCAUUAAUGCUUCACUGUAUUAUGAAGCCUUAGAAAAGCAUGCUUUUAUGUAUCUGAUAUCAUCCUGUAUCGUGGUUAAUUUUUGAGUGGCCAAUAGUUGAGAAUUUUUAUAGAAAAUGUAAUGAAAUAUUAAUUAAUUAGCCGUUUUAAUGAUGUUUAAUUUUGUUGAAGUGCACAUUUUGAGUAGGUAGGCAAUACCUAAUUAUCGAUACUUUC